AUGGCUUUAACUCUGAACUCACCUAGCGGAGUGCUAUCGGAUGAAGAAGAAUGCGGAGCAGUGUUUGAGUCGACAGCUGCAGAUAUCGGGGGGCAAACACCGACCCAGCACUUCGGCGGCCCUUUCUCAGAGAUCUCCGUUAUAUCUCCUGCAUCAUGCACUCAAGCACCUGCUCGAAAGGUAAACCGGUCAAGCGAUGUCAUAAAAAGAAGUAGUGAUAACCGCACGGAAGCAAUGAAGGUCUAUGCACGUGUCCGGCCUCUGACUGAGACAGAGAAGGAGAGAGGCGAGGAACAGGGCUGUGUGAGUGUGCAGACGGAUGAAAGUCUUCUGCUGCGAGCACCAAAAGAUUCCCACAGCAUGAAGAGUGCCGAGAGAGGAAUCACGCGGAGCAUGCACAAGUUCAGCUUUACAAAGAUUUUUGGACCUCAGUCCACGCAACAGGACGUGUAUGAUCAGAUGAUGCAGGAGAUGGUUCGGGAUGUUCUCCACGGGGAGAACAGACUACUCUACACCUACGGCGUGACCAACUCUGGCAAAACAUACACCAUCCAGGGAGGGGGUGGCAAGGCUGGCCUGUUGCCGCGAGCUUUGAUGUCUGUGUUCCUGAAGCUGUCUGGCCGACUCUACUCUCCUAUGGACCUUAAACCUGUGCUGUGUCAAGAAGUUAGGCAGCUAACCACCAGUGAAAUCCGUGCCGAGGAAAUUCGCCGAGAUGCCCUGCUGAAAGAGGAAGAUGGCUUGAAUCUGCAACACUCUUGGCUACGUGGAGGUGGAGGCCCCAGUUCCAGUUGGGAUAGUGGAGUUGAUGGUCUCUUUGCUGCCAGACACAUUGCCACUCAAUUAGAAGAUUUUGACGUUGCUUCUCUGGAGGCAGACGGCCUGUCUCUCAGCAGUGGGGAGGAGUUUGAGGAGGGUGUGCAGGUCUCUGUGUGGGUUUCAUUUUAUGAGAUUUACAAUGAAUUUCUCUAUGACCUUCUGGAUGUACCACCCUCAUUUCAGCAAUGCAAAAGGGCCACACUGCGACUGAGUGACGACAAACACGGCAACCCCUAUGUGAAGGACCUUACCUGGAUCCAUGUGUGCAGUGCAGAUGAGGCAUGGAGAGUGCUGAAGGCUGGAAGACAUAACCAGAGCUUUGCCAGCACACACCUCAACCACAGUUCCAGCCGCAGUCACAGUAUAUUUACCAUCCGUCUGCUGCACAUCAAACCAGAUGCAGACCAAAGUCACUGUUCACACAUCAGCGAGCUGUUGGUGUGUGACCUGGCGGGGUCUGAGCGCUGUAAGGACCAGCAGAAUGGAGAGAGAAUGAAAGAGGCCAACAAUAUUAACACAUCACUGCUCACUCUGGGCCGCUGUAUCUCUGCCCUCAGAUUUAAUCAGGCCAACAGAUCUCGGCCCCCGCAGGUGGUACCAUUCAGAGACAGUAAGCUGACACGAGUGCUUCAGGGCUUUUUCUGUGGACGUGGUCGGUCUUGCAUGGUGGUUAACGUCAACCCCUGUGCCUCCACCUAUGACGAGACCCUGCAGGCUCUCAAAUUCUCUGCCAUUGCCACGCAGCUGGUCCAUGGGCCAUCCACAAAGACCCGUGUGGCCUACAUCCUGUCGCUCCUGCGUGAGCAACCAACUCAACAGAACGACAGCACUCUUAGGGAGGAAGAAGAGAGUUAUGAAGAGGGUGACAUCCCCAUGUUUGAUCCUGAGGAACUAUUGAGAGCCAUUGAUGUGCUGAAGCGGGAGGUUCUGCGUCAGAGGCAGGAGAAGGAGGCGGUGGAGGCUGCUGUCAGGGAGCAGGUGUGGUCAGAGAUGAUGGAGGUUAUCAACCGAAUGCAGGAUGACUUCAGUGAGACGCUGGAGACUGAGAGAGCGCUGAUGGAAAGCAGAUGUGAAAAUAAGAUCAACAACCUGAAGACCAGCCUGAAGAAAUACUACAGCCGAGAGAUAGAGGAGCGGGAUGAACAGAUUAGACAGCUCACUGCUGCCCUGGAGAAAAAGAAAGGACUGACCCCUGCCCCAAUCUUCCCUCCCCUGGACAACACUGAAGCGGCACCCCGGCGUUCACAGCGUGUAGCCUCCUCUCAUCUGCGGGACAUGGAGCAUACACAGAUGGAACUAAAUCAAUGCAGAAUGGAUCUGGACCAGUGCCAGGCUGAGCUCGACCUGAAAGACAAAGAACUGCAGCUGAAAAUACUGGAGCUGAAGCGUUACAAAGAGGAAGUUACUCUUCCUGGCACCACAGGUGCUUUGACGUGCACUGCAGAUUGCAAACUGGAGGAGAGCCAGAGGAACCUGAGGCAGCUGCGUGCUGACUUGCAGAGCCUGGGUGUUGAACUGCAGUCAGGAGAGAGAGCCUGCUGCCGCAACACAGACGGGGCAAAACUACGGCAGGCGCUGGCCACUGCAGACAGCACGCUUGCCAAGCAGGACCAGCUGUUGGCUGAGCUGUACACCAGUCUGCAGCUGGUCAAAGGAGAUCUGCGUAGGAAAGCCGAGAGCUUGAGGCACUUCCAGAGCACUGAUCCAUCUCCUCUGUCCACACCCUCUACUCUGGGUUCCUGCAAGAAGAGAGGCUGUGCCGCAGCAGUGGCCUGUGUUGAAAACCAGCCACCAGAAAAGCGUCCUUUCUUCCGCUCCCUGUUCCCUCCUCGCACACCAGUGAAGAUGCCCAGGCCGCUGACACGUCAGAGAGCCCAGGCUGUCACACCCUACGCCAGUGUUUUACGCUCCCGACAGCCAUCUCCUCCACCAAGCCCUGGCCUGCGCAGACGCAGGUUCAAUUAUUAG